AUGUCUUGUGUUUGCUCUGAGCUAAGAGAUAAAUGUGUAAGCGACCAUCUUUGGAACAACCACAUGGAGAAGAAAUGGAGUAGAUUAAUGGGUGAUGCAGCGGUUAAAGAAUGGAAUACUCACGUCUCAACGAUAAUGUCGUGUCUAAGAAACCCGAAUCCAAGUAAGAGACAUUGGAGUUCGAGGCUUGUUGCGAAUCUUAAACCUUUUUCAUGGUUAAGUUCAAACAUUGGUUGUUGUGGUGACGAGAGAAGUUCGUUUCUUGCACCUGUUGAUUCUGUUAUCUAUUGGUACUCGAAUCUUGAGAAUGGCAAGUUUUGGUUUCCUGCUCAAGUCUAUAAUCGAGAGAACGGACAUGUUGGAUUCAUGAUGUCUUGUUAUGAUGCUAAGAUCAGAUACGAUUACAAGACUGAUACAUUUCAAGCAAGAUACUCGGCGCAUGGCCGACGUGCGGCGGAGGAAAACGUGACGUGGCAGAGGUUGAGACCGACUCUGGUCGAGGCAGGGUCACGUGAUCUCCACUUGUCCGACUGUUUAGAAGGUUGGUGGUAUGGAAUCGUGGGUCAUUUACAAAACUGCGACGGAGAAAAUAAUUGUCGUUGCCAUAAUGACGAGAAUGUGGUGAUGGAGUUCAGACAAUUCAGACCGGAGUCGCCGUGGAGAACGACGGUGAUAAACCGGAAGAAUCAUCGUGAGACGGGGAAUGAAGAAAACGGAUUCUACGGCGGAGUAAAGAAAUUGGGAACGGAGGAAGAGAUUUCUACAUUGAUUCGCGACGAACUCGCCACACUGUUUGUUGUUCUGUUCAUCGGAUUAAAGAUGAACGGAGGUCCUUCCGGUUUCAAUAAUGCUCCGGUCACGAAAGCCUUCGUCAUCGCGACUGGUCUUUUCACUGUGUUCUUCGGGAUACGAGGAGGUUCUUCCAAGCUCGGUUUGUCUUACCAGGAUAUUUUUGAGAAGUUGCGGAUAUGGAAGUUAAUCAAAUCGACUUUUGCUUUCUCGUCCACGCCAGAAUUGUUUUUUGGCUUGUACUUGAUGUACUAUUUCCGAGUCUUUGAGAGACAGAUUGGUUCAAAUAAGCAUUCGGUUUUCAUCUUGUUCUCUGGGUUUGUAUCACUGAUACUACAGGCCAUCUUGCUGUCGCUGUUUAAAGAUCCAACAGCAAACCUACUGACAUCUGGACCGUACGCCCUCAUAUUUGCGUCGUUUGUACCCUUCUACUUGGACAUUCCAGUUUCAAAGAGGUUUCAUGUACUUGGUGUCCACUUCUCUGAUAAAUCAUUCAUCUAUCUUGCAGGUGUCCAGCUAUUACUAUCAUCUUGGAGAAGAUCCUUCUUUCCUGGAAUUUGCGGUAUAAUUGCUGGUUCCUUGUAUCGGUUGAACAUCUUUGGUGUCCGCAAGGCUAAGUUACCCGAGUUCAUGGCUUCGUUGUUUUCCCGGAUUUCUUUACCAUCCUUGAGCAGCCAAGCACCAAGGAGGGCAUCACCCAACUUAGGUCGCCAAGCAGUGAGAUCUUAUCGAGCUCCAAUGCCGUCAUUAAGUACAGAGCCAUCUGAGGAAGCCAUAGCUACUUUGGUAUCCAUGGGAUUUGACCAGAACGCAGCGAGACAGGCACUUGUCCACGCCAGAAAUGAUGUCAACGCGGCGACCAACAUCCUUCUUGAAGCACAUUCUCACUAG